GACCAAGAAGAAGAAGAAAAAGAUUCAGAAAACCAAUUAAGAAGAGGAGAAGAAGGUGUAAAAGACGAUCUAUCAGAAUUCACUGAAUCCUUAGCUCGUCAAAUCUGGGGUGUCGCUUCUUUCCUCGCCCCACCACCACCGCCGCCUCCGCCGUUACUCUCCGAUCAUCAUGAUGGGUUAAAUUGUGAGAGUUUAAUAAAUGAGGGUGAAAUUGAGAGGGUUUCAAAUUCGGAAACAUUUGAUUGUGAUGAUGAUGAUGAAAAGUUAGAAAAUAAUGUGGUUGGUGUGACAGAAGAAGUAUUGCAGUUUGCAAUGAAUAUAGCUCAUCAUCCCGAAACGUGGCUUGAUUUCCCUUUAUCCGAAGAUGAAGACGAUAAUGAUGAUUUUGAAAUGUCGGAUACUCAGUGGGAUCAUGCAACUUUGGUGGAACAUCUAGUACCCAGAUUAGCCGCUCUAAGAAUCGAAUUUUGUCCUAUCCACAUGAGCGAGAGUUACUUUUGGAAGGUCUACUUUGUUCUCCUGCACCCACGACUGAAUAAGCAUGAUGCGGAUCUUCUAUCAACACCUCAAAUAGUUGCAGCCCGGACCAUGUGGAUGAAGGAGUUACAAAUGCACGCCAAGCCUGAAUUAGAAUCCCUUGAGAGAAAUGCUUCUCACACAUUCGAUAGUCAUGAAGAUUAUAAUACCACUUCAUCGGACUCUCCUUCUGCAAAGUUGUCAGAGAAAGAAACUCAUGCUUUUGAACCUACAACAUGUCAGACAGAUGAAGAUAAACAUCCAGUUUUGACCCAAGAGUAUGGGUCAACAAAGGGCAUAUCAGAUCAGAGGACCGUUAUGUCUUUUACAGUGCCAAUUGAGGAUUUUGAUGAAGAUGAGGACAAUUGGAUUCACGAGAAUUCAGAAUUAGAUGGGUAUGAUGGCCCUGAUGUUCUUAUUGGAGAUGAUGAAGACAUUUCAUUUAGUGAUCUUGAAGAUGAUGAUUGUACUAUGCCAACAAGAUCCAAAAUCGUUUGAAACAAUUGGCCCAAAACCAAGGUUUUUUCCAAAGUGGGCUCAUCUCGGCUCGGGAAAAUGUUGGACAUUUGACGCCGGAAUUGAGAGCCACAUUGUCAUCCAAUAAGAUGCCAGUAUAUUCCAACAGCCAGCUGGACCGGCAAGUAUGCAAGGUAUGGCCAUCUGUUGUUUUCAGAAGCCAGGAUCUCUUUGCAAAAAGUGUAUAGCGUAAGCAUUGCAACGGGUUCAUGCUAUUGGAGUGAUUUCUUGAAGAUUGAGUGAUCAAAGAUUCAAAGUUUUGAUUUUUUUUUAUUUAUAAAUUUACAAUACAACUUUUCAUGAGUUUUAUGAAAAUUUUGUGGUUUUUCAAGAUUGUUUUGUACAAAGCUUCUGGAAAUGAAAGUCGUGAGGUGGAAAUUGAACCUAUGUGGUAUAUAUAACAUUAUAAUGAAUAACAUUGUAUCUUAUUUUGAACCUA